ACACCUCUGAGCCAUAUGGAGGGUUGCACAGACGCUUGUUGACUUCUUCUGGUCGUCACAAACUGUAGCUCCUCGAUUCGCCGAAAACUCGAUAUCGUACUCUCAGCUGCUUUCUCUCUGUCCCAUGGCAAAUCCGACGGAAAAUCUCGACCCGAAUCCACCGACCCGAGAACCAGAAGAUGAAGUGGAAGAACUGAACGGCGACGAAGAAGAAGAAGAAGAAGAAGAAGAAGUGGAGGACGAUGAUACCGUAUCGAAACCACAAACGCGCGAGGGCCGAUCCAGUGUGGACAAGGCCAAGGUGGAAUCGCUGUUCCAUCGGAUGCGAGAAGCUCCUGUGCCGGUGCGUGUUCACGACGUGAUCGUGAAAGGAAACGAGAAGACCAAGGACUACAUCAUCGAGGCCGAAGUGGAUGCUGUGAGAGAGGCGACCACGUUGCAGGAGAUUCUCGAAGCCUCUGCAAUCGCCAAUUCGAAUCUCCGAGCGCUCGAUAUCUUCGAUUCCGUCAAAAUUACCCUCGAUUCUGGUCCUCCAGAGCUCCCUGGUACCACCAAUUUGGUAAUCCAAGUUGUCGAGAGCAAAAGCCCUCUCACCGGCCAAAUCGGCGCCUACACUAGAGCAGGGGUUAGAUCAUCAAGCCUUGAAGCAUCUUUGAAGUAUAAGAACAUUUUUGGCUAUGGAGAUAUUUGGGACGGGUCUAUAGUUUAUGGCUGUGACAACUCUGCUGAGGUUGGCAUGGGGAUGUAUUUGCCAAGAUUCAAAGGACUUCCUACUCCUUUCACUUCUCGUCUUUUCCUUUCGACUCAAGACUGGCUCAAGUUUUCUUCUUAUAAAGAACAAUCUUUGGGACUUUCUCUCGGGCUUCUCUCAAGCAAGUAUCACGAGCUGGUUUACACGGUUGCGUGGCGUAACCUGAUAGACCCGUCUCAGUCUGCCUCGAAAUCAAUAAGGAGGCAACUGGGACAUAGUCUUCUUUCUGCAUUGAAGUAUACUUUUAAAUAUGACCAGAGAGAUUCAUCCUUGAGGCCAACGAAAGGAUACGCUUUUACCUCUACUUCUCAAAUUGGUGGUCUUGCUCCUGAUAGCCGAAGCCUACGCUUUUUGAAGCAGGAAAUGGAUCUCCGGUAUGCUGUUCCGUUCGGGUUCUGCCAUGCUGCUCUAAACUUAGGUGUAUCUGGGGGUGUCACCUUUCCAUGGGGAAGCGGAUACCAGAGCCGGACUUCCUCUGUGCCAGAGAGAUUCUUCUUGGGUGGCAAUUCAUCGCCUGUGUGCUCUCUGGUUGGGCCAUCCGCGCUAUGGGGUUUUAAGACCAGAGGACUUGGUCCCAACGAGCCAAAGAGGAAAGGCGAUGAUGAAAGAGAUUUUCUUGGAGGAGAUGCUGCGGUCACUGCAUUUGCUGAUCUCUCGUUUGAUUUGCCAGUGAGAUGGCUAAGAGAGAGAGGAAUCCACGGGCAUGUGUUUGCUUGUGCGGGGAAUAUGGCAAAGCUAUCAGAGAAUGAGUUUAGAAACUUCACUGCUCCAAAGUUCUUGGAGACGUUCAGAACUUCAGUUGGUGCUGGAAUCGUCUUACCAACUAGUCUCUUCCGUAUGGAGAUUAACUACUGCCAUAUAUUGAAGAAACAAGAACACGAUCGAGCGAAAUCUGGGUUUUUCCUGACAUUCUCGGCCUCGUCCUGAGAAAUUUUAGUUGAAGAAGGUAACUCAAUAUGAUAUGGCCUUCCAUUUUUUUUUUUCUUAAGCCGUGCCGUAAUGUCUGGCAGGCAGAUCGUCUUUGGUUUCAGGCAGAUAUGAUUUCAUUGUUGAAUCUGAGAAAUUUU